UUGCAGUAGUUGCUAUGCGGUCGUUAACUGAAUUUUGCGACUACUAUAAUAAUCAGUUGCAAAAAAUAUUUUUGCGACAGAAAAAGACGAUUAGUCACAAAAUUUGCAACCGAAUUUAUAAUAGUUGCUAUGCGGUCGCUAAUCUGCGACGCUUUUGUAAUAGUUUGCAACUAACACGGUAGUCGCUACUAUUAUUUUUAAUAUUUAUUAAAAAAAAAAAACCCCUUAUGUCUAAAAAAAAAGGUUAUUGUCGCAAAAAAAAACAAGAAUUAUCAAUUAGUCUUAUACUCUUAUUCACCGUCAAAAACAAGAACUAUCAUACUCUUCCUCAAAAAAAAAAAAAAAAAAAAAAAAAAAAAAAAAAGGUUCAGAACUUCAAAUCAAGCAUCACCGUCGUCUUUCUCUGCUGCUGUUGCGCCACCACUACUUCACCCAGGUAAGUACGCGUUCUUCCCCUUCCUACCUUCCAUAAAAUCUAUCUCUUACUGCAUUAUGUCAAUUGCGAAAUUUAGGGUUAUCUUUGAGUUUUUUGUCCGAUUUUUUAUUUUAAUUGGGUUUCUAUUGCGAAUUGAUAUUAAUCUGAUUAUUGAUUGAAUUGCAAAUUGGUUUAAUCUGAUAAUAUCACAGAUGCGAGAAUUAUUCUUGAAAAUAAUACGAAUUUAAGUAACUAGAAUUAGGAAUUAGUAUUUCUCGAUUAUGUUUAUCGGUUAUAAGGGGUUAUUCUUAAAAAUAAUACGUAGUAAGUAACUAGAAUUAGGAAUUGCGAAUUUUAGGGUUAUCAUUGAGUUUUUUUUGUUCAAUUUUUUAUUUUAAUUUGGUUUCUAUUGCCAAUUACGAAUCCAGAAAUAUUGUUUUUUGUUUUUUUUUUUUACAUAUUGUCUUCACAUUAGAGUUACAAUUAAGCUUAGGUCUAAUUCAGUUCAGCUCUCCUCCUCUCAAUGGCCUGUGUACAUCAGGAACAAUGCAAAUAUUGGUUCACAUAUGAUAUGGAAAGAUAAGCAGUUAAUGACAUGUUUGUGGUACUUUCUGACAUAUGGCUAGAUGACGAAGAGACUAUGGUAAAGCUGAAAGAAGUUCUGGAGGGAUACGAAGCUGUGGAGGUGGUUCCUUCUUUGUUCAUAUUCAUGGGGAGUUUCUGCUCUUCCCCAUGUAAUCUAUCAUUUCAUUCUUUUGCUUCGCUUAGAUCGCAGUUUGGGAAUCUUGGUAAAAUGAUUGCUGAAUAUCCUCGAAUACUAGAGCAAAGCCGGUUUUUAUUUAUUCCUAGCAUUGAUGAUGCAUGCAGGCCCCUUGUCUGUUCUCCCAAGGUGUGCUCUUCCAAUGUAUCUAACAGAAGAACUUCAGAAAGAAAUACCAAAUGCCCUUUUUAUGAGCAAUCCUUGCUGGGAGAAUAUAUGGAAAAAAUUGAGGAAAUUAAGAACAAAGGAAUUGAGAUAAACCCCGACAAAGUCUAUUUGGAGGUUGUAGGUGGGAAAAAGAAAGGAAAAGUCUACGGUUUAGGGAGUGCUUCACAAAUAUAUUACAAGAGCGAUCCUGCUUCUCAACUUACAGCAUAAUCUUCUACUCCUUCCAUGAUUUCUCAAUUAAGCUCUCAAGUUGAAGAAUUAAAGAAGAUGGCAGAAGAAAACCAUAAUAAGGUAGAAGAAAGCCAAAAAAUAGCGGCAGAGAGCUUAAAAUAUGCUAAGGAAUUCGUUGAAAAUCAUGAGAUCGAAAAAGCUACAUGGAAAAAGGAAAAAUUAGCUAUGCAAAAAACAUUGCAAGAAAUGGUAUCAUUUGUCAAACAAGGUUACCGUCCUUGUAAGCCUUCUACGCCUAAAGUCACCCGCUCUCGUGAUACAACUAAGUGAUUUUUAUUUUCUUGGUGGUAAUUUUGUGAACAACUGGUUUUUUUUUUACAUCGUCAUUAUUGGUUCUUAUUUGAAGUAGCUUUCUUUAUAUGGGAGGUGACUUUUGAAACAAUUAGUCAUAUGAGUUAAAUAUUGUUUUUUAAUACAUUGAUACAAAUUUGAUGAUGUUUUGGAUAUUUGAAUAAAAUUAACAUUUUGGUUAUUUGAAUU